GAACUUGGUGCAUGUCGGCCAUGGCGCAAUUCAAGGACAAGCCAGUGGCGCUCUUUGGAACCCAGCGAUGGAAAAGACUGCUUAUGUACGCCGCUGGGUGUGUUGGCCUCGUCAUGGCCCUUCGUACGUUCAGAUUUGGUCAAUCCAGACGAGUGUCGUCGGCAGCGCCGACUGCCGCCGGCUCGUACGACGUGUUGGCGGAUAUUCUGCACCUGAACAACUUGAAUGAAGUGUGUUUUCACGAGAAGGAAGCGAUCAUCUCGUACGGGUACAACAGCACGGCCGUGGACACUUCGUUGACUCUCCAUUCGACAACCGAUCACGCGAUUCUGAUCCAGUUCCUGUCGCAAUGCCCUGAUGUUGAUAUCUACCUCCCUCCUGGUCUGCGCAACCACGGGUACUGUGAAGAUGGCAUGGCGUACGUCAAGUUCCUCAAGACAAGAGUCCUGCCGCGGUGGGUGUUUGAUAUCGAGCUCCAACAUCAAGGCAAGACCAUCAAGUACUUUGACCUGUGUCCCCACACCGCCCUCCUCUUCAUGAACCACUACUUUGAUGGCAUCCCUGACCUCGCCGACUUUCCACCGGUGCGCACUCUUUCGUUGCUUUUGCCACGAUUCCUCCCCGCGUCCGUUCGGCCAGCGUCGUCAUGGCAUUCAAGAUUUGUGACCGGCAAACUUGUUGUGCAGGACAAAAAGAUCGUGCUCAUGCCGAAUGUUGAAAUGUACGAGCUCAAAGCAUCGCAUUACCAUCGCGCCGACUACGUCCUUGCCAAAACGUACGACGGGUACCAACGAAUCACUGCCUGGUACGACAGAGAAGGCAAUCCCCGGCGAACCAAAGUGUUUUACACUCAACACGUGUCUUCGGACCCGACGCAAGCUGCGCGCCGCUCGCCGACCGUCCAGAUCGCGCCGCGGGACUUUUCCAACCUCCGUUUCUUCCAUGCCAACGGCCACAGCACCGAGAAAAUGACGUACCAACUGCUUGAAUGCUGGUCGCGGCGCCCAGACUUUCCCCGCCUCGACGUGUACUCCAUGGACGAUCACAGCAAGAAAGCAUUUGACCGGUUCUUCAAAGACAAACCCGUGACCAACUUACGAUACAACUGGGGUCAAGACGUCGACGUGGUCGAGUUUGGCAAGCUCAUGGCGGAGGUGCCGGUCAUUUUGUGCCCCAGCGGCAUGGAGGGUUUUGGCCACUACAUCAACCAAGCUCGGGCGUCGGGAGCGCUUGUAGCAACCACGGAUGCCGCGCCCAUGAACGAAUUGAUCGACGCAGAGUCGGGCGUGUUGAUUGACGGCAACUUGUGGACGGCCGACGCCCCAAAACAAGUCAUGGCGCAGGGGUACCGCAUCUUUCGGGAAGGUCUUUUUCGGGAAGGCAUGGAGUACAUGGUCCACCCCGAGAACAUUUGCGCCGCCGUCGACGCGAUCUUGGCGCUGACGCCGACCGAGCGAGCCGAGAGAGCUCGCCGUGGCCGCCAGCGCUACUUGGACCAAUUUCAGUACUUUCGAACGCAAAUGCACGCGUUUCGGAAGCAGCUCCUGUUUGAUGUCCAUGGACAAGUCUAAGCUUAACACGGUGUCGGCGCUCUACCGUGCACA